CCGCGGGCGGCGGGGCCGCCUUUUCCGCCGGUGUCAGGCGGGGGCGGGAGAGGCGCGCUCAAAAGCGGAGGGGAGGGAAAAGCGGCGGCAGAGCCGGCGGAGCCGCGCAGCCCCGCCACGCCGCCGCUGCGCUCGCUGCGGGCCGGGGCGCUGCCCGCCCUCCGCCUCGGCGCCGGCGCGGGGCGGCGGGUGCUCGGCUGGUGCCGGCUGCCGCCCGACGCCAGCCCCGGCGGGCCGAGGCCGUCGGCCGGUGCCGGCAGGAUGCUGGAGAGCGGCUGCAAGGCGGUGAAGGAGGGCGUGCUGGAGAAGCGGAGCGACGGGCUGCUGCAGCUCUGGAAGAAGAAGCGCUGCAUCCUCACCGAGGAGGGGCUGCUCCUCAUCCCGCCCAAGCAGCAGCCGCCGCCGCCGCAGCAGCAGCCGCAGCAGCAGCAGCAGCAGCCGCCGACGACGACCGAGCCGGCGGCCAAGAUGAAGGAGCUGCACUUCUCCAACAUGAAGACGGUGGACUGCGUGGAGCGCAAGGGCAAGUACGUGUACUUCACGGUGGUGAUGGCCGAGGGCAAGGAGAUCGACUUUCGGUGCGCGCAGGAGCAGGGCUGGAACGCGGCGAUCACGCUGCAGAUGGUGCAGUACAAGAACCGCCAGGCCGUGCUCGCCGUCCGCUCCACCCGCCACAAGCAGCAGCAGCUCCUGGCGCCGCCGCCGGCCCCGCGCCGCCGCAGCGCCUCCAGCUCCGCCUAGGCACCGGCCCCGGCCCCGGCCCCGCUCCCGCUCCGCGCUGCCGCCGCCGCCCCGCGCCGAGCAGCGCCGCGGCCGCGUUGUUCGUGAACCGUGGGAAGGAGCCGUCGGUGCCGCGGGACUUCUCCUAGGAGACAUGAUGUGCUGUAACUUUAUUUUAAUGUAUUUUAUUUAUUAGCCGUUGUGGGGGGUUUUUUGUUUGUUUUUUCCUUCGAUUUUUUAAAGGCUUGUUUGCAAGACAUUUCUGAAUGUAGGCCGUCCCCGAAAAGCAAAGGGGGAAAAAAACCACUAUACGUUAGCUCCCUAAAGAAACGAAGAAGUUGGGGUAAUUUGGCCACGUGCAGUUAGACAAGGGUUUUUCACUUUUACUCCAAUAUACUGUAUUACGUGGAAAAGGUGUGGUUUGGGAUUCGACCAAAGCCCUCACUGUGUACGAAAGCGCUUCUCUCUAGUGAAAAUAACGACUAGAGUCCGGGUCUAAAAUGGCUUUCUUCUAAAAUACACGCAUGGUGGAAGAUGAUAAAACUUUACACACGUUUGUUUACUCAAAAAUAAUGAUUGUUAUUCCAAGAUUAAAAAAGAAAAGUCUAAUGCAUGAGUUGAGGGGAACCUGACCAAUUUCUCUUGUCACACAUGACUCACAGCUGGAUUUAAAUUAUCUGUAUUAUGUGUUUGCUCCUUCUAGGCUAGAGGGCAGGAGCUGAGAAGUGUUUAUGGACAUCUCCAAGCAUCUGAGUCCAGGGCUUCAUCCGCACAGUCAGUUUGUGAAAGGUCUGGGUUCUUGACCGUGGCCAAAUUUUCAUGGCAGUUUUUAAAUGUCUUGCAUUGAAGUAGCCCCUAGUUUAAAGUUAUAUACAUCUUAGUGUGCAAAUGGAUUAUUUUGGUCACAGUAUUCAUAAGCUGAAAGUUGCUCUGUAGCUGAGAUAAACUAGAUUAAUUUUGGUGUUUAGCACUGUCAGAUGUUGAGAGAUGCGUGUGAUCUUGCCUCUAAAAAUGUUGAUGAAGACAUGAAGUUGGAAAACAAAGGGCUAAUUGCACAGCUGGUGUGUCUUCCUGUGCCUCUUAAAAGUCGGGGGGGGUUUUGCUGUGAAUUUAGUGAGAGAGGUUUGGAGCUGCUCACGCCGGGUGGAGGGGCGAGCUAGGCACACGCUGCUGUGCUUUCUAGGACAGGGCCCUUAAUGCGAUCAGUUAUUUCCCUCUGUGCUGCUAUAGCUCGUGUUCCCUGUUUUAUAUUAAGUGCAGAGCUGGUGAGCAGGGCAGAACAGCAUGGCCCGUUAUCGCUGGUUCAAGGUAAAAAGUUUCAGCUGUGGAGCUAUUUAUUUUAACUAAUGUGGUGAGGGAAAACUGCUUUUGGCUCCUUUGCAAGUUACAUGAAUGUAAACAAAAUCUUCUAAAGCUGUGCAUCUAGGACUUUUUUUUUUGUUUGUGUAACCAAGAUGUAGUUUGACUAUAAAAAAGCCUGUGUGCUUGGUUCAAACCCUUUAAGUGUUUAAAGGAAAGCACUAAAGUGACACUUGAAUGAAGAUCUCCAAAUCGGCUACUGCGCUUCACGGUCCCAUUCUGAUUUCCUCUGUACCCUGAACCGAAGCUCAGUCCUGCGAGGAGUAAACGGAGGUCUCUCUUACAGGAGUAAUCCUCAUCUCUUGUUAUUUGCCCCACAGAUGUCUGGGUUACAUGCCCAGGGAGGACAAAACCUGUCAUGUUGCAGAAUGAAAGCCCAGACCUCCGCAGCCCUCUGCGGCUGCUCCCAAGUGCUCCUUGCUGAUCUGGCCCUGGAGAAGGUUGUGCACAACGAGCUCGGGGUGGUAGAUUAUAGCUGUCCUAACAAAGCCAUUACUUGGAGGCUAAUUGAAAUAGAAGGUGCCCAGCAUCUUCUAGGACUAGAUUCGCUGUCUUGGCAGUCGUAAUAGCCAAUUUCCACGUCUCUGUACAUCUGCCAUUAUUGUUCUGCUAAUGCUUGGAUGUUAGAGCUGCAAGGGGAUUCUCUAAUGAGAUAGUCAAAGACUUACAAAAUAGAUCGUAAUUUGUAGUUUGGCUCCUCUGUUUAGAGUCAUUAAUUACAGUUUACUGAGCAACUAAUCCACCUUUUCAGAUAUACGGACUGAUAGCUUACCUACUAAAAUAUGUUUUAGCCUACUGAAGAAUAAAUGUAACUGAUAGGAAAUAAUUUCUGUGUGAUCUGAGACAUACCUGUGCCUCUGGGAGAGGCAAUUAUUCCUGUCCUGUGUGGACUUAAUCCCAAACCUACUGAGUGCCACCAAAGUCUAUGGAUCUGGUCUAAAGCUGAAAUGUUAUCAUUUUUUCCAGAAGUAUUUGUACUUUGAAAACAAAAGAUGACAGUUUUACAGUGAUACAGCUGAUACUAAGAUUUGAAAAAGGAAUUUUGGAAUGAAUGUUGAUGUGUUUUCUAGUUCACCAGUUCAAGGUCAAUGUCCCACUUUCAUGUUACAUUUCUUGUUUUAAGAUGGUCUGAAGGAUGCUCUCUCAAAACCACUCGGGGUGGUCUCGUUCGCAAACUUUUGCCCGUCGUCGUUGCCCGCUGUGUUACCUUUUUAAAAAUGCUGGUUUUGGUCAGCCAUACUCUCAGGUGGGAGAGAGGGUCACGUUGCAAAACCCACCUUGGGCUGUUUGCAAGCUGCUGGGCCCAGAGUGGGGGGGGCAUAAGGCCCAAAUCCCCUCUUGCCCCUGGGGACCCUCUCCUGGAGCUGAACGGGAACAAAUGGGCUGAGGCCCCGGGGACAGCCGGGCUGCGCCCUCGUGCUGUGUCAGUAUAAAUAAGGCUGAACUGUCUGAAAUGGUCAGUCUGGUAACUUUCUCAUGCUUUAAAUUCACUGGUUUUUCUGACUGGUAGCAACUUUAGACCAAGAAAUUGCUGUUUGAUUGUUAUAUGCUGAGUUAUUUCUGUUUCAUUAUCUUGUUCCUCUCUUACUGUGUAGCCUUUGCUGGAGCUACUUGGUUAAAUGCUGUCACUGCUUUGCGAGCAACGGCUAUGGGAAUAGCUCCAGCAGGUCUUCCUCCAUCUUACUGGAGCUCUGCAAGACCAGAAAACAUGUUGUCCUCCCCUUUACGGAGGGGGGGAAGAAAAGGGGGGGGGGGAUAUGGCUGAGGUUAAUGUAACAGAAUAAACAAGAGUGCCAGUAAAACAAACACAGGCAAAAGCUAGGUAUGAUUAGCAAAAGUGUGGACAGUCACUUAAUAUGGAGGUCAGAAUUACAUGUCUUAAAAGUGGAAAAAGUGAUUGAGGGGCAGGAUUUGGUGAGAAAGUUCAAGCUGUGUUGACCAUUUUGUACCAUGAUAAUUUAGAUUUGGGGGCGGGGGGGGGGGGGAGGAAGAUGAAGUGGAUGUUAUCUUUGUGACAUCCUGAAGUAUUUCCUCUUUUUUAAGGUUCAUGAUAUGCAAAUGCCAGCUUCUGAAAUAUAGCUGCAGUGAUGUACCAAAUGUUUUCUAGCAUAUCCUAUUGUGAGCAGAAAUAUCAGUGUUGUCAGAAAAAAAAUUGUGUGUAAAUAUGACUCAUAAAUGAUUUCUGAGAGAUGUGAUUUAUUUUUCAUAUUUUUCAAAAUGCAUUCCAUUUCAAAUAAAGAGGUAUCUAUUGAAAGAAA